ACGGAGCGGAUCUUGAAUCAGCAAGUCCGCGCAACAUCCCCCAGCACGAGAUGGUUCUGCCGCGAAUCAGGAGUUUAGUUGCACCGUUGUGCUUUCUAUUGGUUGCGAGCAGCUUGCUAGUGAGCGAUGUAGACUGUGCCAAGAAAGCGGCCCCCAGUGCCCCGGCCGCGACCCCUGACGCCACGAUCGAGGAGGUGUCCUCGAAGCAGCUGGAACGGUUACUAGAGGAUAAGGAUUACGUGGCGGUGUACUGGUAUGCCCGAAGUUGUACAACUUGUGACACAGUAUUAGCAGAGCUUGAGCACAUCGACGAUGACACCGAUUCGUUCGGAGUCGACUUUGUGAAAAUUAACGACAAACGACUCGCGAAGCAGUAUGGCAUCACGAAGUUCCCCGCACUCACCUAUUUCAGAGAGAAGGAACCGAUCAUUUACGAGGGCGACCUCAUGGAUGAGGCCGGUGUGCUCGAUUUCCUUACUUCGCUGGAAGCGAUGGAUCUGCCUGACCGGAUCGAGGAGGUCAACGCCAAGAUCCUGUCAAAGAUCAUCGAAGACUCCGACUACGUGGCGGUACUCUUCUACAAGCCGGAGUGCAAGAAAUGCAUCAAGGCGCUGCAGGAGCUGGAAAACAUCGACGAUGAAGCUGACCAGCUCGAUAUCGGUUUCGUGAAGAUCCACGACGAAGACCUGGCCGAGGAGUACAAUCUGGGCCCGCUGCCAAAGCUCGUCUACUACCGCCAUCAGACCCCGAUCGUUUAUGAACAUGAGCUACAGCGAGAAGAGGACGUGCUGGAGUGGCUGGUGGAGAACAAAGCCACCGGUGACGAUGAUGAUGUCAUCGAGGAGGUCAACGCCAAGACGCUCAAAACUCUGAUCCAGAACAUCGACAACCUGGUCGUGCUGUUCUACGACGAUGAGGAUGAAGAUUCGGAAACCGUGUUGGCAGAGCUGGAAAACAUCGACGAUGACUGUGCCAAGCACGGCAUCCAGUUCGUCCGGAUCGACGACCCGAAGGUGUCCAAGGAAUACGGCAUCGAUGAGGUUCCGGCGAUUGUGUACUUUGAGAAGCAGAUCCCGAACGUGUACGAUGACGACCUCACCGACGAGGAACAGAUCUUGGAAUGGUUGCUCUCCCAGCUGGAGAAGGACGAAAUCGAAGAUGUCACCGAUGAAAUGCUGGACAAGCUGAUCAAGGAGGGCAAAUCAAUCGCUGUUUUGUUCUAUGACAACAAUGAUAAGAAAUCCGAAAAAGUCCUGAAUGAGCUGGAGAACAUCGAUGACGAGUGCGAUCAGCUGGGUAUUAACUUUGUCAAGAUGGACGACAUCGAGGAAGCGAAGGACUACGGUGUAACCAAGUUCCCGAAGCUGGUCUACUUCGAGCAGGGUAUCCCGACCGUGUACGAGGGCAGCCUCGAGCAGGAGGAAGAUGUGCUUGAUUGGCUCGAACGUCAGACAAACAGCGACGAAAUUGAGGACGUCACUGAUGAGAUGCUGGAUAUGAUCAUUGAGAAGAUGCAGCACGUUGCAGUGUUGUUCUACGACAAGGAUUCCAAAACGUCCCAGAAAGUGCUGGCCGAGCUGGAGAACAUUGAUGAUGAGUGUGAUCAGAAUGACAUUGCAUUCGUCAAGAUCGAUGACGAUAACGAGGCCAAGGAAUGGGGUAUUGAAGAGCUGCCCACCAUGAUCCUGUUUGAGCGCGGUAUUCCCCACAUCUACGAGGGUGACUUGCUGAAGGAAGAGGAACUGCUCGGAUGGUUGGUGCACCAGAAACGCCACUCGGAAAUUCCAGAAAUCACCGACGAAAUGAAGGACAAACUGAUGCAGAUGUACGAUCAUGUUGCCAUUAUUUUCUACGACAAAGACGACAAGCAGGAUAUCCGUGUGUUAAAUGAACUGGAAAACAUUGACGACGAGUUGGAAAAAGAAGAAAUUGUCAUUGCGCGUCUUGAUAACGCCGAGGAAGCACGUGAAUAUGGGCUCGAUCAUCUGCCCGCGUUGGUCUACUUUGAGAACGAGAUUCCCGCCAUUUACGAAGGCGAUCUCAUGAACGAGGAGGAAGUCUUGGAAUGGCUCAAGCUGCAGAAAUACUCGGCCACCAUCGAAGAGGUGACGGAUGAGAUCUUGCAGGAUCUAAUUGAAGACCACGAGUACGUGUGCGUGUACUUCAGCGGUGCAUGCGAAGAGGGUGAAAAGUGUGACAAAAUUCUGGAUGAUCUCGAAAACAUCGACGAUGAACUGGAUGAGGCCGGUAUCAUCUUUGUUACCACUGAAGAUAUGGUCACUGCCAAGAAAUAUAACAUUAAGAAUCUGCCAUCACUGGUAUUCUUCCGUAACAAGGACCCACUGAUCUACUCAGGUGAUUUGCACGACGAGGACGAAGUGCUGUCGUGGUUGACCGACGAAGAAACCCUCGAAAUUCCCGGCAAAAUUGAGGAAGUCAACAUCAAGAUGCUAGAGAAGAUCCUGUCCGAAAACGAACACAUCGUUGUUUUCUUCUAUCACGAUGAUGACAAAAAGGCCCAGAAGAUCAUUGCCGAGCUGGAGAACAUUGACGACGAGUGUGAAGAAAAGGAUAUCGAUUUUGUUAAGACCUCGGAUGAUGAAAUCGACAAAGAGUACGAUCUGGAAACACUGCCCGCUCUCGUCUUCUAUCGCAACAAGUUCCGCACGAUCUACACCGGCGAUAUGAUGAAGGAGGAAGACAUCCUAGAAUGGGUGCUGCAGCAGUACAACACCAAGCCCGAAAUUAUCGAAUCUGUCGAUCGCAAAACCCUGCAAGUGUUGGUCAAUGAAGUUGAACACCUGGCAGUACUGUUCUACGAUGACGACUGCGAGACCUGCCCCAAGAUCCUCGAGAAGUUGGAAACCAUCGACGACGACACGGACAAGCACCACAUCCAGUUUGUAAAGGCUAACGACGAGAAGUUGGCUCACGAGAUCGGAAUCUUUUCAUUCCCAGCGCUUGUUUACUACGAAACUGGCGUCCCGAUUAUGUACGAUGGUGAUCUGCUCAACGAAUACGACGUCCUGGAUUGGAUGCACGGACAGAAGACGGAUGAGAGCAUCCAGGAGGUGGAACGAGACGAACUUUUCAGCCUCAUCGACUCCAAAGACUUCCUUGGGGUAGUUUUCUAUGUGGAAGACGAUCCUGAUACGCCGAAGAUUCUGCGCCACAUCGAGCUGAUCGACGACGAGGCGGCCGACUACGGUAUCGUGUUGGUCAAGAGCAGCGAUCGGUUGAUGGCGAAGAAGUUCGGCUUCCGUAACCCACCCGGCGUUACCUACUUCCGCAAGGGCAAAUCGAUCAACUACGACGGUGACAUCGACGACGAGGAGGAGCUGCUCGAUUGGCUCACCGAUCCCCACAACAUGGAAAUGACCGACCACAUUGAGAAGGUAAACCGAAAGAUGUUCCACAAGAUCCGCCAGGCGUCCGACUAUUUGGCCGUGUUCUUCUAUAGCGACGACUGCAAGCAGUGCCCGCGAGUCUUGGCCGAAAUCGAGCACAUCGACGACGAAGCCGACGGUGCCGGUAUCAACUUCGUCAAGAUCGACGACAAGCAGAUGGCCAAAGAGCUCGGUGUGUACGCGCUACCCGGUAUCGUCUUCUUCAAGCUGUCAUCCAAGGAGCCUGUCAUCUACGCAGGUGAUCUCAAUGAUGAAGAUGAAAUCCUGAACUGGUUAAUGACGCAGAAGAACCCCGGCGGUGACAUCAUCGAGGACUUGGACGGACCGAAAUUGCUGAGUCUGAUCGAAGAUUCCAACGCCCUGGCUGUAUACUUCUACACGGACGACUGCGACCAGUGCUCGGGAGUGCUGGAAUCGCUGGAAAACAUCGAUGACGACUGUGAUCGCCAUGGUAUCAUGUUCGUCAAAACGGAUGAUCUCUCGAUCGCGGAACAGUACGGCAUCUCCGAAUACCCGGUGCUGGUGUACUUCGAGGACAACGUCCCAAAUGUGUUCGAAGGUUCGUUGGAUGAAGAAGAAGAGGUUCUGCAGUGGUUGAUCACGCAAAAGACCGAGGAUCGCAUUGAGCUGAUCACGCGCGUCAUGCUGGAAUCGAUGGUGGACGAAACGCAGUACUUGGCCGUGUACUUCUACAAAACCAAAUCACCCUCGUACUGCCGAAGUUUUUGUUCCGCGGAAAACAUACGGGGAGGCGCUUUCACUCCCCCAGAAUCCACACAUGAUGGAGCACACCGAUUCCUUGGCCAUUCUUGUGAAUGCAUCGUUGUUAACUUACCGUGUUCUUCUUCCUAUUCGACAGACAAGAUCAAUUGCAACAUCUGCGAUCAGAUCCUCGAGGGGCUCGAGGUGAUCGACGACGAGCUGGACGUGUUUGGCAUCCACAUGGUGAAGAUCCAGGACCCCCAGCUGGCAAAACGCUAUUCCAUCAAGACAUUCCCGGCUCUCGUGUACUUCCGCAAUGGCAACCCGCUUAUCUACGAGGGUGACCUGCAGAACGAACAGUCCGUGCUGGAGUGGCUGGUGGACGAUGAUAACCGUGAGCUGGCGGACGAGAUCGAGGAAGUUAACGAGCGUAUGUUGGAUCGUCUUAUGGAGCAAUCGCCACUGCUGUGCGUGUUCUACUAUGACGAGGACUGCUCGGAGUGUGACGACAUCCUUGAGGAGCUGGAACUGAUCGACGGUGAGGUCGACCUCUAUGGAAUCGACUUCGUGAAGGUGGCCAGUCUGGAUGCGGCACACAAGUACGGCGUUACGACGAUACCGUCGCUGGUGUACUACCGCAAGCAGAUCCCGAUGCUGUACGACGGUGACAUGCACGAUCACGAGCGCGUCAUGAACUGGCUGACGUCGCAGGACGUGUUCGAGAUCAAGAACGAGAUCGAGGAGGUCAACCGGAAGAUGCUGAACAAGCUGCUUGACGAGAACGAGUUCAUAGCCGUGUAUUUCUUUGAGGAGGAUCACGAAGAAAGUGAGGCGGUACUAGAGAAGCUGGAGCUGAUCGAUAGCGAGACGGACAACCUGGACAUCACGUUCGUGAAGAUGGGUGACCCACGGUACGCGCGCAAGUGGGGUGUCACGAAGCUACCCGCAAUCGUCUACUUCCGGAAGCGCUUCCCCAGCAUCUACCGAGGCGACAUGUACGACGAACAGGACGUGCUCGAGUGGUUGCGCAAGAACCGGUUCCGCCAGCCGGAGCUGAACAUCUUCAUGUACGCGUUGAUCGCGCUCGGACUUGGUUUCAUCAUCUAUACUGCAUUUUUGCUACAGUGCUUCAAACCUGCCCCACCCGCACCCGUGCCCCAUCCAAAACAGAACUAAAUUUGGGGACUGGAAAAUUUGCAAAAUCAUCCCUCCUUCCCGGGGUGGGGCACUAACCCUUCCGAGCGGGUUUGAGGCGCCUCAGUCCUAGGGCGAGGCAAACAGAUCCACAUUCUACCGAUUGUUUUGAAGAGUGGGGCAAGGAGAUUAACCGCAUCAAAGGCGAAUAGAGAAAAAGAGUCAAAGAGAGAUAGAGAAAGAUAAAAAUAAUUAAAAGUUAAAUGAUGAGAGAGUGAGAGACAUACUAUUUUUUUGUUUGUAAUUUUCCUCCCCACCCCUUGUUCCACGGUCUACGAAAAACUGUCCUACCACUGCGUUGUUAAAGCAUUGCGUAUCCCCGUCACUGAACGGACGCGUGUAAAAUUUCAAUUUUGUUUUGAAAAGUAAGCGACAGGAAGGUUGAGAAUCUAGGCCGCUAAAGAAGAGAAAUAAACUAAUUCGAUAAAUACACACCUUCCGCUGUGAUGAUGAUGAUGAUGAUAAUAAUGACUAUGAUGGAGUGCCCCCGAGUAACGAACAUUGCGACAUAUUUCUCUCAGAGCUCAAAACUGAGAACUAGCAAAAAAUAGCAGAAGAAUAAGCCGAAACGUCGGUCCCCAUUUAAGAUGUAUAAAAAAGGAGGCAAGUCAAAGCUUAGUUUAGAAAAAGGUAAAAAAUAGAAAGCAAAAACGAUAACCUCCCAAACAGACACUAUCAUUAAAACACACGAAAACGAUAAACGGCUGUCCCGGUUGGAAAAUCUCCAUUUGCAUUUUUCUUCUCGUGUUAGUGUCAUGUUACGUUCUUUCAAUUUUGUUUUCAAGCAACCAACACUCGGUGAACUAACGAUCAGGCUAGCGUAGAGCUACCUAGAACACAGCCAAUAGAAUAAACCUUCCUUCCCGAUGAGGAGGAAGUAAAACAACAUAUCCGCAACACGCGCAAACGGACGUGCUUCAGAGUGUCCCGUGUCUCGAUUGGACAAACCCCCGUAACCGGUGGGAUGUGCUGCCAUUUUUGCUGCCAGCAAAAAGGCUCCCGUUCACUCCCACCUUGCCCUCCUGCUGAAAUACCACGAUUACGGUAGCGAUAAGGGGCGAAGAAAACGAAAAGACAACGAAACGAAUAUGCCGACUACGAGACGGAACGAUCGACAGAUGCCAUUUUGUUUUGUCUUUUUUGAUAUAGUGCAACCACUUCUGACAAGCUAGAUCCUGUAGGUUGUGUGCUGUUUUGUUCGCUUUUCCUUUCCCACUUUGGUUGGGGCUACUUUUGUGGGGUCAAUGCAACUUUUUCUCUUUUUUUUACUCACCUUUCAUUUUCCAGUGCGACACGGAAGAAAUGCAUUACCCUUUCGUUUCUCCCUCGUGCUGUUGCUUCUCUACAUCUCUCGGUCCGUUCCAAUUCUCAUCUAGCAACCAACGAAAUCUCCGUUGGUAGGAGCUCUUGAACGAUUUAAAGCAAUAGCAGCAAGGAUCUUAGUUGUGGCGUGCCCAUUUUUUUACUUCGUGAACUUCCUUCUCGAUUCUCCGCUGUAAGAUGUUCUAUUCUACUAUGUAAACGUAGCUAGGUUCUAUAUAAUCAAGCCAUGAGGUUGAAGGACGAAUAAAACAAAAAAAAACAAUACAUACAAGAAACAAACAAUACAAACAACAAUGUAACGUAAAUGUUAAACGAACAUUAUCCCUCACGCAAAUGCUGUAAAUAAAACGAGCUUCCAGCUGGCAGCGACUGAACAAGGCGAA